GUGGUCGACUUUGUCUGCACCAUCAACCGUGACCGCGUCAUCCGGGGCGUCGUCAAGGAGCGCGAAGAGGCCCGCCAGACCUACAAGGCCGCCGUCGCUCGCGGCGAGACUGCCGGCCUCCUCGAGCAGCUUCCCGAGGCCAGCGAUGUCUUCACGACAACCAUCGGCAACGUGCCUGCUGGCGCCGAGCUCAAGGUCGACAUCACCUACCUGGGCGAACUGAAGCACGAUGCCGAGGUCGACGGCAUCCGCUUCACCAUCCCCACUACCAUCGCCCCGCGCUACGGCGCCUCUCCGGCCCCCUUAGCCUCGGCCACUGCCGUUGAUGCCACAGCCGGCAUUGACAUCACCAUCGACGCUGAGAUGCCCGAUAGCUCAAACAUCAAGAGCAUCCAGUCGCCGUCUCACCCCAUUUCGGUCACCAUCGGCAACACCUCAACUGGCGCUGCCCAGGGCGCGGCCAUGUCCCUCCAGAAGGCCUCGGCAAGUCUCUCGCUCGGCACCGUUGAGCUGGACAAGGACUUCGUGCUCCAAAUUGUCGCAACCAACACUGCCAACCCUGUCGCCGUGCUCGAGACCCACCCCACAAUUCCCAACCAGAGGGCCCUGAUGGCCACGCUCGUGCCCAAGUUCAACCUGCCGGCGUCGCGCCCGGAAAUCGUCUUCCUGUGUGACCGAUCCGGGUCUAUGGGCGACGGCAAGAGGAUCCCAAACCUGCAGGCCGCCUUGCGUGUCUUCCUCAAGUCGCUUCCCCUCGGUGUCAAGUUCAACAUCUGUUCGUUCGGCUCUCGCCACGAGUUUCUCUUCAAGAAGGGCUCACGGUCAUACGACGCCUCCAGUCUUGACGAGGCAAUCCGCCAUGUCGACCGCUUCGCUGCCGACUUUGGCGGCACCGAGAUGUACCGCCCAAUGGAGGACAUAUUCAAGAAGCGCUAUGCCGACAUGGAGCUCGAGCUGUUCUUGCUGACCGACGGCGAGAUUUGGGACCAGGCGUCUCUCUACGAAAUGAUGAACAAGUACAUCUCGGCGAGCAAAGGCGCCAUCCGCGUGUUUCCCCUGGGAAUCGGCAGUGCCGUCAGUCACUCGCUCAUCGAGGGCGUCGCUCGUGCCGGCAACGGCUUUGCCCAAACUGUGGGCGACAACGAAAAGAUGAACAACAAGGUGGUCCGCAUGCUCAAGGCGUCCCUGACCCCCCACGUGAAAGACUACGUGCUCGAAGUCAAGUACGGGAGAGAGCCGGCCAGAACCGCCGAAGACGACAGCGACGACGAUUUCGAGAUCAUAGAGAAGGUUAUGGAUGCCCUGGCUAUUGACGUACCCGAGUCGCAGCCGGGAGGCGCGGAGCCCCAGGCGCGCGCAGUCCCGAACAAGCCCAUCUCUCUCUUCGAUACAUCGGCCGACGUAGACGCUGAAAUGACUGAUGCGUCGCUCGGCAGCUCUGCCAGUGGCAAGUACUCGCACGUGCCGCCAGUGAGCGAGCCCAAGUUCCUUCAGGCCCCGUUCAACAUUCCACCGCUUUUCCCCUUCAGCCGGACCAGCGUCUACCUUCUUCUCUCCCCCGAGACCACCCAGAGGACACCAAAGUCGGUCAUCCUCCGCGGCACAUCUAUCCACGGGCCCCUCGAGCUCGAGAUCCCCGUCACGGUGCUUGCCGAGAAGGGCCAGACCAUCCAUCAGCUAGCUGCCAAGAAAGCUGUCUUGGAGCUUGAGGAGGGCCGGGGCUGGAUAUACCAGGCCAAAGACGCAAAGGGCCCCAACGGCAAGCUGCUCAAAGACAAGUUCCUGGGCCGCUUCUCGGACAUGGUCGAGCGUGAGGCCGUGAGACUUGGCGUCGCCUUCCAGGUUGGCGGCAAGUGGUGCAGCUUUGUUGCCGUCGAAAACGGCAACGAGAGAGAGUCUGCACAAGAGACAACACCUGCACAAGUGCCGGACAAGAAUAAAAAGACUCGCAAAGGUGGUGUCGACACGCGUGCACUUUCAAUCUCGUCCGAGCCACUCGCGAGGAUGCAUACGGUGGCAAAGGCUGCCAUUUCUGCGGAUUUAUCGCAGGCUUCUCCGCAGCUUUCUCACGUUUCCUCGCCCAGGGCUAAGGGGGUCCCAGGGAUGGUCUCGAGUCUUGCUCGAAGGUCUGUAGCUGCACUAGGCGGCGGACAACAAAUGAUGCAGCAGCAGCAGCAGCAGCAGCAGCAAAGAGGGGCAAUGUCUUUCGGAGCUGCACCAGUCGUCGGACAACAAAUGAUGGCGAUGCAGAUGCCGCAGCCCCAGUCAAUGGCGUUAGGUGCACCGCCUCCUCCUCCGCAGCCUGCUCCCGCCCCCAUGUCGAAAAGAAAGCCGGCCAAGCUCCCGUCCUUCAUGUCGAAGAAACGCACCACCUCCGUCGACGAGAAAUACGACCAAGAUGAUGCGAUGGUCCUCGCGAACUACGAGAUCAGCGCCCCGGAGUCCGCGACGGAGGGCGGAAAGGAGGAGCAGACGCUCGAGGCGCUCGUCGCGCUGCAGACCUUCACGGGCGCCUGGGACUGGAACAGCAAGCUGCUGAAGACGCUCGGCCUCGUCGAGAAAGACGUCAAGGCCAAGGCCAAGAGCGCCAGCUUGUACCCCAGACCCGACUUACUCGCGACGGCGCUGGUCCUGGCGUACCUACAGGCCAGGCUAGCGGGCCAGCAGGACGAGUGGGAGAUGUUGGCCGACAAGGCCAGGGACUGGAUGCAGGGCGAGCUCGCCAGCCUGGGCGCCUUGUCUGCGGAGGAGUACAUUGAGAAUUUCAAGGGUCUUUUCUGAGUAUCUUUGGCACACGAAUAUUUCUAUGCCGGGGGGGGGGUGUUUUUGGCUACGGUCCUGGGUCUGUCUUGAAUGGACCUGCAGAAAAGAGACAGGAUUAUGAGAAUGACUUUGUAUUAAUUAGGACUCACAUCAGGAAGCCUGGCUGCUUUUUCCCUGGGCCGUACUAUGGGUGCCUGGCAGCUAAUCAUGGGUAAUCAAUAUCUCAUGAAUUUCUGACAU